GGAUGGAUGUCCAGUUCAAUUAACUGCCAUCUCUUCAAAUCGCACAGAGCUGCACAUUUCUUGGACACGAUCAACUUUUCGUUUCGCCGAGACCAAUCGCCAUGAUGCUCUUCCCCAUAUGUGCACUCUGGUUGGGAGUCUCCGGAGCUUUCGCCCUUCAACCGGUUCGCGACACAUUCCCGGCCCAGCAUGGCGUUCCGGAAUUCUCAAUUCGACUGGGCAACGACACAGCAAGCGUCUGCAAUAGUUCCACGCCUGGCACGUCCGGAUUCAUAGACACAGCCGGGGACAGCCAUAUGUUUUUCUGGUUAUUCGAAAGCAAGAAUGAUCCGCUGGUUGAUCCCGUUAUUCUCUGGAUGACUGGUGGACCUGGAGCCUCUUCAGUUGGGUUCGGUGCGCUAAUGGAACUCGGUCCUUGUCGCAUCGCGCCGGACGGUGGCUACACUAUUGACAACCCCUUUGGAUGGAAUACGAAUGCCACGGUGUUGUUUGUCGACCAGCCCACCAGUGUUGGCUUCUCAUCUGGUGAAUCCAUUCCAGACGGACUGCCCCAAGCCUCCAAGAUGAUGGACCAAUUCUUACGCCAGUUUUUUACUGCCUUUCCCCAGCUGGCCGCUCGCGAUUUCUUCAUUGCAGGGGAGUCUUACGGUGGCUCGUGGGUCCCGGCCUUGGGUGCCCAAAUUAUGUCCAUCUCCAUGAGCGUCCCAAAAAUAAACCUCAAGGGUAUCAUGAUUGGAAAUGGCCUUGUCCGGCAAUCGGUGCAAAAUCCAGGCUCUUUUGAAGCCGCCUGCUCUGGUCCGGAUAGCCUGUUCAACACGUCGCAGUGUCUAGAGUGGGCGCCACGAGCCAUGUGGUGCGAGACAAACCUCAACGUGUGUGAGACGGAAGGCUGGAAGUCUGCCAAGUGCAAGGAAGCAGAACAGCUAUGCAGUGAAAUGAGCCAAGUGGUCACUGGCCAGAUGCAGCGUAACCCCUACGACUGGCGACUCACCUGCACCAAUCCCCUUGCUUGCUACAAGCAACAGCAAUACAUUGAGGAGUAUCUCAACAGGACGGAAAUAAAAACUGCGCUUGGAGUGGAUGGCGAUGCACCUUUCAGGGGUGUUUCGAUGGAGAUCUUUGAGCAAUGGGAAAAGGUUGGAGAUUUGUGGAAGUCGAGCGACAGCUACGUCAAUUAUCUCCUAGAUCUGGCAAGUCUCAUUCUUCCGUCACUCCUCUUCUCUAACACUCUACAGGAUAUCCGUGUACUCAUCUACGUCGGUGACAAAGACUGGUACUGUCACGCCGCUGGAAUGCGCCGGCUUGUCAACCAAGGACUAGUCUGGAACGGGCAUCCAUUCUUUCGCUUCCGAGAACUGAUUCCAUGGUAUACUGGAGCCAAGCCUGCGGGACGGUGGAAGUCAUACGAACCGCUGACUUAUGCCGAAAUUUGGAAUGCUGGGCAUCUGUCACCAUUUGAUAAGCCGGAGGAAGUAUUGACGCUGAUAAAUGCAUGGAUCCAUGGCGUCAUUCCCACCAAUUAA